AUGCACGAUAUGGACGUGGGUUCCGAGGAGCUCACUGCGUUUGCAUCUGCAAUCCAAAACUCUUCCGCCCUCAAAUCCUCUCUGCAAACCCUCCACCUUCGAAGCGUCAACGUGGACCCAGCUAUGUGGGCGUUGCCGUUGGCGGCAUUUGCAUCGUUGUCGGGGUUGCAAGCAGUCGACCUGUCCUACAACACGUUGGCGCGGCACGGAUGUCAUGUCCAAGCGCUGCUGACCCAGUGCUCCACGUCCCUCACAUCUGUCAAUUUGGAGCAAUGUGACCUUGGAGCGAUUGAGAAGCAUGUGGUGGCAGGUCUGACGGCAUGUGCCGAGGCGGGGCGGCUCCAGCGCCUGUCCGUGGCCGACAAUGUGUUCACACGGGGGUUUCUUGGUGCGUUCAUGCAGAUCAUGGCGGGCCUGGACUUGCACAUGUUGAACCUUCGCUUUGUGUGCGAACAAGACUCGAACGACCGAUCGACGGCGCUCGAGUUUGAUAAGCUCGUCGUGCGCCACUUGCAUUUGGAUUUCUCGACGUUGAUACUCGACACGACGUUCCUCGCGUCCAUGGUCAAGGCCGUGGCUCAUCCUGCAUGUGUCCUGGAAACGCUGGAGAUGCCGUCGAUGAGACAUCCCGCGGAUGCGUCCUUGAUGGAGCUGAUGACCCAAGUGGCGACAUAUGGACGCAUCCGUCGACUGAAUCUUCGCGGACUAUCACAUGUGCCGCUGUGGGGGUGGGAGAGUAUCCUGUAUCGUGGCAUCAAGCAAUGUGCGGUGCUGGAGUGGACCGUUCGCGAUGCGUUUGCUGCGGUAGUUCGAUGGCGAUGCUCCUUGACUUACAUGCGUUGUAGCAAUGCAUCGCGCUCCUUCAAACUGCCCAUGCCCCUGCGUUGAAAGAGAUGCACAUGAGUGUGGAAUCGUCGUCGGAAUCAUCGUCAUCUCGCAUCGUGUCACAGGCUCAGGAAUGGCGGCAGGCGCUCGCCGUCGCCCUUCCUCGGUUGACCAAACUCGAAUUUGUCGCCAUUGAUUGAAGCACGAUGAUUCGUCCGUUUAAAAUGCUUUUAACCA